AUGGUAAGCCGUAAAAACACAGAAUGGAAACAGCAUUCACAAAGCCUUGAGAGCCAGCUUGAAAUGCGUGAACUAGAACUGAACAACAUGCGGACUUGUCUUGAGCAGAAGCAUAAUGAGGUGGAUAAGCUUCAUCAGCAGUUAGAAGACUUUGGGAACUUUCACAGGGAAAUGAUACAUAAAUGUAAAGAACGACUUAAAUCCUUUAAAUCUGAUCUCCAUAAACUACAAAGUAGUUACGAGAAACUACAGAAACAUCAACUGAAGCAUACCAGAGACACAUGCAAAUUACAGAUCGUUGGUGAAAAUGCGGAGAGUCACUCAAAGCCAAAGAUGCUAAGUAGCAAUUUAGAGGCACAAAGUUCUGAUGCUUACUGGAAUUGCAGGAAGCACAUUGAGCUAUGUGAAUCAGAAAUAAAGUACUUAAAGAGUUGCAUAGAGAGUGCUCAAGACACUAUACAGAGUGAUGAGACUAUCAUUGAGCAGCUGAAGCUUAGCAUUGAGCAAAAAACCACCGAUGAAGAAUUGAACCGGAAGGAUCAACAAAAUCUGUUGGAAGAAAUUAAAUGUUAUCAAAGGAGAUGUCAGAAAAUGGAAUCAGAAGUUUCGGAGCUUCAAAUUGAAUUGCAGUCACGGGAUGAUCUUCUGCAAGUGACAGACAUGGAGCAAAAGCAACUGCACAGGGAACUAGCCAGGGCCAAAGAGUCCAUAAUGCAUAAAGAUAGAGUUAUUAGGUGGAUGUGA